AUGGGCUUUGGAUCUCACCGCAAGCGACGAGGAACGAAACGAGCAGUGACGAAAUCAUCGAUUUCAUCACCACCGCAGCCACCACGGGUAUUCUCUCAAUGGAGCUCCGCCGAAAUUCCUGAUGGUGGAUGGGCGUCCUGCGACUUCAUGAUGGGUUCAGGAAUGGUCAUCAUUCAGCCUUCGUCGCACAAGGUUGUCGUCUGUUAUGAUUCGCUACGGCAGGAGUACUUUCUGCCUAAAGGAAGGAAAGAUGUAGGAGAAUCAUUGGAGGAGGCCGCGGUGAGAGAGGCGUACGAGGAGUCUGGAUACGAAGCCCAACACUUCCCGCUGUACAAAGUCACCCGGGCCCCUGCUCCCCCUAAGGAUCCUGGAGCGAGAGAGAGCCCCCAUACGGAGGCAGUCUACGUCUCGGUCCGUUCGUGGGGCCCAAAGAAACAUGACGAAGGCGGCGAAUACUUUACGUUUUGGUAUGUAGGGAAAAUUGGGCCAGACGCCAAAUGGACCCCGGGGACGGGAAUGCCAGAUGAGCAACAUUACUCGUCGGAACUGUACGAGUACGGGGAUGCCUUGCGCCUGCUACGGGGAGGGACACAGCAAAGAGUCUUGGAAUACACCUGGGACCUUUAUCUUGGACACCUUGAAAUGAAAGAGGAGAUUCGGAAGCGACGACGGAAAGCAUACAUGGACCUAAAUUCCAAGUACUGGGGUAAGGAUCACGUGGAUGAACGACUAAAGGGAAACGACGAGGUCCCGUCCCAUCGAUCCGUAUCUCUAACACGUUUAGCAUUGAGACGAGAGUAG